AUAUUAAAGAUUAAGUAUAAAUAAAUUAAUUAAAAUCUUCAACAUUCGAAAAAAAAUAAUGUCAGCAAUGAGAAUUCACAACGUUAUUUUCUUUGUUCUUCUCUUCCUUUCCGUGUCGGUUUUAACCGAUGCUUUGAAGAAGGAAGUUCUUGUUGGUGGGUGGACCCCAAUCAAGAACAUCACAGACCCACACGUGGCGGAGAUCGCGGAAUUCGCGGUAACAGAGUACGAUAAACAAUCUGGUAAGAAUUUGAAGCUGGUGAAAGUGAUCAAAGGUGAGACUCAGGUUGUGUCCGGAACAAACUACCGUCUUUUGUUGACUGUUAAGAAUGAAUCCGUUACAAAGAAUUAUACUGCCCAAGUGUUGGAGAAAUCUUGGAUCCAUUUCAAGAACCUCACUUCCUUUAAACCUCUUCUUCUUCAUUGAUUAUGGGAUUGGGAUGUUGUUUCUUAUAUUAAAUUAUAGUACUUUUGUUUUGUCCAUGAUAAUAAUGUUUGGGCUUUGCUUAAUCUAAGAUGAUGUAUAUAUUUGUGUUUAAUUUUUCGUUUUUGGCAUUUGAGGUUUUCUAGAAAUUUGCUGUGUCAUAAGAUACUAGUUCACUUGAACGAGUUUAGCACCUUAAUUUUACUUUAUCGAGUUUAAAUUGUCUCGUGACAAUUAUAAUUGAUCAUUAGUAUCACUUUUACUAUUU